GCUGUUGAACAAGUGAGUACGUAGUUGUGGAGGAAAGGCGUAAGCUAUAUGGCGGGACGAUUAAACUGCUGUAGCCAAAGAUGAGACGAUCAGCAGCUCCAAGUCAACUGUUGGGGCAUUCAGCCAAAAAACCAAGAUUUAUAUCGCCAGGAAGAAUCCUGCCGAAAACAUCUGAAUAUGUAGAUCCAGAAAUUAAAACAGAUGAGGUGUGCAAGAGACAAUUGUGUAGCCCAACUUCUGUAAACAUUCAUUCUACAACUUCUGGCUUCCAUUCUUCUGUAACAGUAAAAUCUAAAGAAGAAGAAUUGCCUUGUAAAAACAAGAAUAUGGGGACUUGGCAUUUGAAAACUGGAAUGAAAUCUCUACGCAGACCAAAAAUAGAUCCAGCAGCAACAGAAAUAGCAAGACACCCAGAGGAGCCCAUGUGCCUUACCAAAUAUUUCAGUGUUGUAUGGUGCAAAGCCUCAAAGAAAAAGCACAAGAAGUGGGAAGCUGAUGCUGUUCUUAUAGUGAAAGGAAAGUCAGUGAUGCUCAAGGAUAUGGAAGGCAAAAACAUUGGAAAAGGCACUGGAUAUAAGUUCAGAGAUUUAGACAAUCUCACUGAAGGUCAGAGUCUGAUGAUUGGAAGCAAAGAAAUUGAAGUGAUGGGUGUGAUAUUGGAAGAGGACUUUAAAAGUGGCAAAUGUUUUUUGUCUGGUCUGGAGGCCACAGAAGAAAGUUGGAAUUCCUCAGCUGCUUCUACAAGGCGGUUUUGUAACCCUUUCAAAAAUGUUUGCAAACCUAAUACUAAAGAAAAUUGGCCUAACUGUAAACCACGUCAUGAUCCGUUAGCUGCAAAUUCCUUAGUUAUGCCAUAUCCGUGCUCAAGUCACCAGCGAUUGUUUAACAAGUCACAUUUGCCUGUUGUGGAUGUGGUUGUAGACCCUUACAUUACAAGUCAUCUUCGCCCACAUCAGCGAGAAGGAAUUCUAUUUCUUUAUGAAUGUGUGAUGGGAAUGAGAAUGAGCAAUAGAUUUGGUGCCAUCCUUGCAGACGAAAUGGGUUUAGGAAAAACACUGCAGUGUAUUUCGCUCAUGUGGACACUUCUGCGUCAAGGACCUUAUGGAUGCAAGCCUGUAAUCAAACGAGCCUUGAUAGUAACUCCUGGAAGUCUGGUGAAGAACUGGGGAAAGGAAUUUCAGAAAUGGUUGGGAAAUGAGAGAAUCAAAGUGUUUUUAGUUGAUCAGGAUCACAAAGUGGAAGAAUUCAUCAAUUCCCCCCUUUAUUCAGUCCUGAUUCUUAGUUAUGAGAUGUUUCUACGGUCUGUGGACCAAAUUCAGAAGACAGAAUUCAGCCUUGUCAUCUGUGAUGAAGGACAUCGUUUGAAAAACAGUUCUAUUAAGACAACUGCUGCUCUUCUCAGCCUCUCCUGUGAAAGAAGAAUUAUUCUUACUGGUACUCCAGUACAAAAUGACCUGCAAGAGUUUUAUGCUUUAAUAGAAUAUGUAAAUCCUGGAAUUCUUGGUCCUUUAUCGGCAUACAAAAAAGUGUAUGAAGAGCCAAUUCUUAGAUCGCGAGAACCUUCAGCAGCUGAGGAAGACAUUGAACUAGGUGAGAAAAGGGCAGCAGAACUGAUGCAUCUAACAGGAUUCUUCAUUCUUAGAAGAACACAAGAGGUCAUCAACAAAUUCCUGCCCCCCAAAAAGGAGAGCAUACUUUUCUGUCGUCCAACAAUGUUGCAGCUUGCUCUUUAUCAUACUCUUUUGAACUCUCAGAUUGUUAGAUCUUGCCUACAAGGAAGUUUCGAAAAUAGUGCACAUUUAAUAUGCAUCGGUGCUUUGAAAAAACUUUGUAACCAUCCCUGCCUUCUCUUGAAAGCAAUACAGAAGAAAGAAUCUGAAUCUUGUGGUAACCAAGAUCAAACAAGCCUUUAUGAUGGUUUACAUGAUAUUUUUUCUCAAGAAAGUGCUCUGACAAAUUUCUCUGACUCAGGAAAGUUGAAGGUGCUAAUGCAGAUGCUGGCAGCAAUUCAUGAACAUGGACCUUCAGAAAGAGUUGUUGUGGUAUCUAACUAUACUCAGACACUAAAUAUAUUGCAAGAAGUGUGCCAACGAUGUGGAUAUUCCUAUACUAGACUUGAUGGCAGCACCCCUGUCUCCCAGAGGCAACAGAUUGUUGAUAGUUUCAAUAGUAAAUUUUGCCCAGCCUUCAUCUUUCUAUUAAGUUCAAAGGCUGGUGGUGUUGGUUUGAACCUUGUCGGAGCAUCUCAUUUAAUCCUGUAUGAUAUUGACUGGAAUCCAGCGACUGAUAUUCAGGCAAUGGCCAGAGUGUGGAGAGAUGGACAGAGGCAUACAGUUCAUAUUUAUAGACUACUCACUACAGGCACAAUAGAGGAGAAAAUCUAUCAAAGACAAAUUAGUAAGCAAGCUCUUUCUGGAGCAGUUGUAGACUUUUCCAAGGGAUCUGAGCAUAUCCGUUUUUCUGUCGAAGAACUCAGAAACCUCUUUGCAUUGCAUGAAGAUUCCAAUUGUGUGACCCAUGAUUUGCUGGAGUGUAACUGUAUGGGAAAGAAAGAUAAUCAAGGUUGUCCUGUGAUCCAAGACUACCAGAGUAGCCAAAGUGAUGUGAAAGUCAAAAAGUCUCUGUCUAUGUCACAGUUGAUGCAAUGGAAACACUUUUGUGUGGACCACAAACAACUCCCUGAUCCCUUCCUUGACAGGAUAAAAGACAAUCUUACAUUUAUUUUCCAAAAUAUAACAAGUUGAGAGCAAGUUAGCUUCUUCUUAGUCACAGUGGGCUUGUAUUCAUUAGGGUAUUAUCAUUUUAACAGCAGUACUAGCAGCAUUAUUAAUAAUAGGAUUACUGAGGAUAAACAACAUAUAUCAAGGUUGACACUGUAUUAUUCUUUUAAUCCUUAAAAUAAACUGGGGGGAAAUUUCUUUGCUACCACUUUUUCUUACAAUGUCACAUCACUCUAACAACUUCAGAAUAUAGUACACUUCCAUCUAGCCCAUCCAAGAUGUUUUCUUCAACUAAUGAUAAGAACAGAGACAAGUCUUUCUUUUAAUCAUUAUUUUUCUCCAUCAAUAAAUAAGCUUGGAUUUGUUCUCAGAAUUAGUAUGUCAAAGAUAAUAUAUUGCAUUAUAUACUUAUGAGAUAGUUACAAUUUCUAAAUAGUGGGAAAGCACUAUUUUCUUCCUAGGGGAAGAAACAUAUCUGCUCAUGUCCCUCUAGCAACUCAGAUUUCAUCAGAUAAUAUUAUAGGCACAAGGAAAUUUUUUCCUGUCACAUGUGUUUCUUUGAAUAACUUGUUUAAUGUAAUAUAGAAUUAGUGGCAUGGUUUUUCUUUUUAUUUAUUUCUUCAUUAGCAAUUUUUUUCCUGUCCUGAUAGAAUGAAUUAAUAGCAUAUAAUGCAUCAUUUCUAUUCGUUGGUUUGAUUGCUCAAUUCUUAGUCGUAGCCUCUAGAGCAGGGGUCUUCAAACUUGGCCUUUUUAUGACUUGCUGGCUGAGGAAUUCUGGGAGUUGAAGUCCACAAGUUAUAAAAAGGCCAAGUUUGAAGACCCCUGUUCUAGACAGAAUUGAAGCUCUGGGAUUUCAUCUCUCAACCUUAGCUUCUCAAUUCUGCUUCUGUUAAAUGCAUUAGGAAAAAGGCUGUUGGCUCAGUUAAAAAAAACCAGAUGCUUGGCUUGCAGAAAGCUAACCUCUUUUGAAAGUGAUUUACAUACUCGAGCAUCUCUGAUCUAUGGCUUUGACUGUACAAUGUUACCUUUUUAAAUACGGUGACUCUGUACUGUUGAAACAGUAAAAAUGCAGGGGUGGGUGGCAUUUAUGGAAAAGGAUUGUUUAAGGAUUCUUAGACAUCUCCUGAACUGCUAGUUCUCUCUGAUUUAUGCUGUUCUGUGUUUCCAUUUAAUAUCCUUAUUUUAUCCUUCAUAAAAUAAAUCUGUUAAAACAACUGAAUUGUUUUGGCAAAGAGAUUGGCAAAGUAUGAUUAGGUGAGGAGGUGGUUAUAAAUGGACUGAAAGGUCUAUUCCUCCAAGCACAGGUCCACCCUUGUAUUUGUUAAGAAUGUGGGGAUUUUCUUUAAGUGUUUAUUUCUGUCUAAAGAUUGCUGUAAUGGUAGCUAUCAUAACAGGCUUAUUUAUAGGAUGCAAAACUUUCAAAAUUUAAGGUGACUUACAUCAGCAAGAUAUCCACAAAUAUUUUCUAUCCUCAAAUGUUCUCUAUAAUCACUUGGGAAUGUAAAUCAAAAGUUGUUAAAGUCCUUAUGGAUAUUUUCUGGGAGGUAGAAUCCUCUUAUUAUUAUCAAUCCUAGCUUAGAAUAUUGCAGUCUAUUUUCAGGCAGCCAUGAUCAAGAGGCUAUUUUUCCAUGAGUAAUUUCACAAAGCAGGUCAAUAGUGAGCAAUCAUAUCUAUCCUAACCCAACACUUUUAACUACACAUUCAAACAGUGUUUAUGUUACUAAUAACAUUAAAAAGCAUGAGUACAUUUGUUGAUAAUAGUCUUUCAAGUGAUACCUGACCAGUUCGUACAAACAGUGCCUCUCCAGUUUAUCUAACCUUCUUAAUUGGAUUAAGUUACAUAAACCAGUGGUGACUGCAAAUAGACUAUGUGCAAUAAAAUAUAAUAAAUAAUAUUAUAUUGUUUGGCAUAAUCAUGCCAUAAAAGUACAUUUGUUUCAAAGUGUUCUAUUUAAAAUUAAGAGAUUUAAUUAGUUCAAAUGUAGUUCAACUAAUAAAAACUUGGAUUGGAGUUCAUGCAGUAAGCUAAAACAAUGUGGAUUGUUUGUUGAAUCCAACUGUUUUCUAUGCUCAUAUAUUAUUUUGUUUAUUUAAUCAAAUGUCUAUAGCCACCCGUCUCUUAUUGUAUGGGAGGCAUACAAUAAAAAUAAUAACAGUUUAACGUGUUGGGUUAAUUGUCAUUUAUUCAUUAAAUUCUGGGCAAACAGACCCUAGUUUUUGAUGUGUGAUCGUAUUCUUGAGUUAAUUUACAAUCUUUCAUUGGCUUAUGUGAGAAUACUUCCUGCUGAAAACAAAGGCA